UUUUGUUCGUCUAUUGAUACCAAACAUAAAAUAUUCACGAAUUUGGAUCAAUUGACCCGAAAAUUGGACUACAAAUUGGAUUAUUUUGUCGUAUUUUCAUCGGUCACGUGUGGUAAAGGAAAUGCCGGUCAGACUAACUACUCGUUUGGGAACUCUAUGUGUGAACGUAUUUGUGAACAAAGACGAAGAGAUGGAUUGCAUGGUCUGGCCAUACAGUACGGACCGGUCGGUGAUGUGGGAGUGUUUGAAGGCACGGAUCAAUUGUUGAAUUUUUCUGCGUUAAGAAAACAGCGGAUCAACUCGUGUUGCGAUGUUUUGGACAAAUUAUUGUCUGUUAAACAAGCGAUCGUUACAUCAUAUGUAAAAGUAGACCAAACUAAAGGUGAAUCAGGUGGCCGACAAAAGAAAAUGAUCAAGGAACUAUGGCGGGCACUGGGCAUUGAUCCGGACAACACCCCCAACCACCUAACCCUGGGUGAGAUCGGCAUCGAGUCUAUGUUCGCCGUAGAGUUACAGCAGGAACUGGAGAGGGAGUGGAAUAUGAAAGUCAGUCUCAAUAACGUGAAAAGUAUUACGAUCGGUAUGUUGAAGGACUACGAGGCCGGCAGAAUUGGCGAAAUCAAGAAGCACUUGGAUGAUAUUAGACGCGCCAAGGCAAAUUUGCUCAAGAUGAAAUUCUUGAUUCCCACCGAAACGCAUACCCGGUUGAAUAGUGUGAAAAAAGGGACACCGGUUUACAUGAUGCCGCCCGUUGAGGUCAACUUCGCGGGCAUGGAGGAGCUUGCUCAAAAGAUUAACCGACCGGUGAUAGGGCUCAACUGGACCCGGGAGGUGAGCCAACUGACCUCGCUCAAAGAGGUUAGCGAGUAUUACGUCAAGUUGCUAAAGAGCCUGGAGCCUAAAGGGCCGUACGAGGUGUUGGGGUAUUUCGAUGGCGCCAUCAUUUGCUCGAAACUGUUGCGCAAACAAAUGGUCAACAAAGCGGUUAUCGUUGACGUCAUAAACGACGCCCUUUUCCGCGACGAUGAGCCCACAGACGAAGAUUUGCUGAUAAUGUUGUUGACGAUCCUGUCGAAAGAGAUACCGGAGUCGUUUAAGGACAAAAUAGUGCGCGAGAUCAAAAAGGAGCCCAAUUUCCAAAACAAAGUGAAGUUAAUUAUCAAUGAGAUCGUGGACGUCGCUGGCAAAGGACUGGUAGCCAAUGAUAUGGAGCCCAUAUUCCUCAUAAUGAUAGCCCGGAUUCGUAUGCUAUCGGAGUAUAGACUCAAUAAACGCAAGAAGUUUUCAAAUAAAAUGAAACUCACGAUCGGAAAGAAAUGGGCGAAAAAGACGGGGAAAUUGGUUUUGAUUAAACCGUUUCAAUUCACUUCUGUCGAGGAUAUCGACGCUUUUCUCGAUAAGUCGAGGGACACCUAUUUCCUGCCCUCAACUGAUGACAACAACGAGAAUAUAAUUACGGAGCCAAUCGAUAAUGAGAUGCCGUUUGACCUGGCUGCCACGGUCAUUGUGGACAAAAUUGUUGAGUCGUUUAAAUAAUACAUAUUCAUAAUAAAGGUUAUUAAACAAGCAAGCAAUUUACAUGAUAAGUUCGCUUUAUC